CACCCCACGUGGGUCCCCAUAGGUACCACCGACCCAGACAGCCCACAGGCUGCACUGUGAGAGGCCCAGGAGGCGCCGCCACCCCACAGACACCCCAUAGGCACCUCCAGACAACCCACGGGGGACCCUAAAGACACUAGUGCUCCACGGACACGCUAUAGAUACCCUGCAGACCCCCCCACGGGACACUGCUGCCCCACAGGCACCCCGCAGACACCCGUGAGGGGCCCUACGGCCCCUGUGCCCCACAGACGGGCACCCCACGGACACGGCACCCGCGCCCCGCGCCGAGCGCGGGAAGGAGGGCGACAGCGCGCCUGCGUCACGUGACGCGGGCCAAUAUGGCGGCGCCCAGCGGAAGCGGAAGCGGCUGCGCGGAGGGGCCGGAGCGCCGAGGGGCAGCCCCCCGGCGAUGCCAGGGCUCCCCGCGCCACCAUGCUCGUCGCCUCCUACGCCGCCUGCGCCCUCGUCCUGGCCGCCUGCCUGGCGCUGGAGCUGCCCGCCUGCCGCCCCCGGCCUCCCGCCGCCCCCCACCACGCCAACCCCGCCUUCCGGCGCUUCCAGCGCGGCUACUACCGCGGCUACCUGCCGGCGCUGGCCGCCGACUGGCUGCAGGGGCCGUACCUCUACAAGCUGUACCAGCACUACCGCUUCCUGGAGGGACAGAUCGCCAUCCUCUACGUGUGCGGCUUCGCCUCCAACGUCCUCUUUGGGUUGGUUUCCUCAUCUUUAGUCGAUCGAUUAGGUCGGAAAAAAUCCUGCGUCCUUUUCUCCUUGACCUACUCGAUUUGCUGUUUGGUUAAACUGUCCCGGGAUUACCUGGUGCUGGCGGUGGGGAGGGUCCUGGGGGGGCUGUCCACGGCGCUGCUCUUCUCCGCCUUCGAGGCGUGGUACGUCCACGAGCACGUGGAGCGCUACGACUUCCCCAGCGAGUGGAUCGCCGUCACCUUCUCCCGGGCGGCUUUUUGGAACAACGUCAUCGCGGUGGCGGCCGGCGCAGCGGCCGAUUUCUUCGCCGAGUGGUUGGGGUUGGGCCCGGUGGCGCCGUUCAUGGUCUCCAUUCCCUUCCUGGUGCUUUCCGGGUUCUUUGCCGUGAAAAAUUGGGAUGAAAACUACGGGACGAAACGAGCUUUCUCCAAAAGCUGCGGCGACGGUUUGAAGUGCCUCCUCUCCGACCGGCGCGUCCUUCUCCUGGGCACCAUCCAGGCUUUGUACGAAAGCGUCAUCUACAUCUUCAUCUUCCUCUGGACGCCCGUCCUGGAUCCCCACGGUGCCCCCUUGGGCAUCGUCUUCUCCGCCUUCAUGGGCGCCAGCGCGCUGGGCUCCUCGCUGUACCGCCUGGCCGUGUCGCGGCGGUACCGCCUGCAGCCCGUGCACCUCCUCGCCCUCGCCGUCCUCCUCGUCUUCUUCUCCCUUUUCAUGCUCACCUUCUCCACCAGCCCCGGCCAGGAGCGCCCCACCGAGUCCUUCCUCGCCUUCCUCCUCAUCGAACUCUCCUGCGGGCUUUACUUCCCGGCUAUGGGUUUCCUCCGCCAGAAAGUGGUGCCGGAAAAGGAUCGUUUGGGGGUGAUGAACUGGUUCCGCCUCCCCCUCAAUUUACUGGCGUGUCUGGGUUUGCUGCUUCUCCACGGCAGCGACCGCCAGACGGGCACCCGGAGCAUGUUCGGGCUCUGCGCGGCCGUCAUGCUGCUGGCGCUGGUGGCCGCCGGCCGCCUCUUCGCCCUCAGCCGCCGCCACGUGGAGCUCCGGCUGCCGGCGCCACCGGGGCAGGAUGACGGCGCCGGUGCCGCCCCCGAGCUGUGACGGGGCCCGUGGUGGGUGUCAUCACCUCCCCGAGGGGACGUGGGGCGAGCGGCCAGUGCCGCUGGUGACCCCCCCAGUGUCCUUGUCCCCACCGCUUCCGUGGUGCCGUGGGGAGUUGGGUGCACGCAGGGAGGAGUAUGUUUAAUUUUUUUAUUAAAAACACCCAAACAAAUAAAAGUGUUUCUGCUUC